CCACAAAAUCCAGUCUACAUGGUGAUCGUCCACCGUGGCAAGAUUUUACUGUAUCUGACCUGGGACCAGCUAAUGGAUUGCCGGUAACAUAUAUCAACAAGAUGCAAGGUCUGCUGGUAGGCAAGUUUUCCUGCUAAAUGAAGCAACUAGAAAAGUAGCAGAUACCCACUAUAAAUGCAGAGUGGGGAAUAAAUAAGCUAAUAGGCAACUGAUAUGUUUCCUUACGUAUAUUUACGUAUGGACACAGACAAUUUCAUUAAAAUCAUGAAACUACAUGUAGUUUCUCUGCAGAGAUGAAUCAGUCUGUGAGCAAAUUGGGCAAAACAAUAAAGGUAGAUCAUCUGUUACUACUGCAUUUUUCUUUAGAAAAGCAGAAGACAAUAUAUACUCCUUCAAACUCUAUGAGGUGGGCUUCAGAGAUGGUUAAUUUUUCUCUCUCGCUGGUAAAUCGCUGGUAAAUCUCUUUUGUUUCUUUUACUAAACUCUGCUAUUUCUUGUCUUCCUUCCUGUCUCCUCCAAACUAAGCUCUCCUUCCCCUUCCUUUAGGUCACAAUCUGAGGGUAUACUGAAAUUUUCUUUCCCUUUGCAUCCCACAUUGAAAAGAGUAUGCCAGUACCAGAAAUUAUGUCCUUCUUUGAUAUACGCUGCCUCCGGUCCUUAGGACUUAUAUUUUUGUCACAGAACGUUUCAUUUCUCAUGCUGCAUUUAAUUUUUUCUUAUUUGAUCUAUAGAGGGUACAAGUGAAGAAAAUACAGUCUAAAAAGGUGCAAACCACAGAAGAAUGGCUAAGAAAGUACAGUUUAGAAUCCUUACAAUUGACAUUAAAGCAUCUGAUAAAUGAAGGCAAUAUUUUUUUCAUUACAGGAAUUCGGGAAAUGGUGUUGAAGAGAUGGAGUUUACAGAAGAGACCGUUACUGAUUUUGAGUCCAGACUUUCUGAGUAAGUAUUCAUCUUGUUUAUGAUUUUGGUCUGUAAGUGAUUCUGUAUCCCCGCACCCUGUGAUUACAGGUACUGCCAUAAAUCUUAUUUUUUUAUCUCUGGGAACGUCAGAGUAUCUCAGCAUUGAAUCCUUUUUUACUGAAGUUUAGGGUAGGUGAUAAUUGUAUGUCACUAUAGCUGAGGUUUUUUUAUUUUUUUAAUGAAGAUGCCUAUCAAUCAGAUUUUGAACUGCAGCAGCUCAUUUUAGAAAGGCAGCUAGUGAAUGGUUGGGUUUUCACAGGUAAUACUGCAUAUUUGUGGGUUAUGUUUACUGUAACUUUGAUUAGCGUCAAGUCAUGGAUCUUGUCAUGAUAUGUGGAAGUUAAAAGUUUUCUAGGUAAAUUUUAAAUGUAUAAAAUCAAAGAAACUUAACUUUAGGAAAGCAUUUAAUGAAUAGGUUCAAUAAGCUGUGUAGAGUAAUAAUGGUUUUGCUGGUCUUCACAAUACUUGUUAGGCUGUUCUGAGGAGUGCCUCCACUUCAGUGUACCUCACUGUGUCAGUCACGAAGAUCCAGAAUCUCCAGAAGGUCCACCUGCAGUACUUGGGCCCCGCACAAUCGAAGCAAACUCUUCUGCAAAUCUGGUUUAAAAAAGAAGUAGCUUUUGUGUUGUGAAAAAGCGAAGAGGUUUUUCCCCCUUUAAAAUGUUGAUUUAAGCUGUCUGCCAAAUUGUAAAAUCUUUGCACGUGGUAUUAAAAAUAAGUUGGCUGAAGUAAAACAAUUUUAGAGGACAGCAAGCACUUCGUAUUACCUCAGGUUAUACCUAUUUUGAAAUGAAGUUGUUGAAAGUUGCGCUGUGUUUAGUCUGGCAUGUCAGUGAGCGGGCUGCCUUCAUGAGUGUCUUAAGCCAUAGUGCAGUUUGUAUUAAAUACAUCUCCUGACAAUAACCUGUGUCUGAUGAACUGAACUCGGUUUUGCCUGAGCUUCUGUUCACAUAUGCAUAUGGUGAAUACCCCUCUCCUCUCUCUGAACAGAAUAAGCCAGCAACUGAUUAGAAAACAUUUCUAUGAUCCAGAUUUUCAGACAGCUGCAUAUCUAAUCAGUCAAACAGCUUUAGGAGAAGAAGUAUUUAAAUGGUUAACCCUGCAACCGGUAACUGUAUGAGAACACUGAAAACAGUGUUUUUAAAUCCUGUUUCUAAGUCUCCUGUUCAAGACAAAUGCAACUGAAAAGUAAGGAACAAAUGUUGAUGUUAGAGUUUGUGUAACCAGAGAAGCUAUAAAAUAGUGGCGUAUUACAGUAUUUAGCCAUUGUAUACCAUCUAGCUUCACUUCUUUUGUAAUUGUUUUCAGGCUGUGCAGCCUCCCUCCGUGCUCUCGAAGCCUUGUUGGUUGCUGUCUGCUCAGAGCAGCUCCUUCCUUGAAAAUAUAGUUUCUGUCUCCUGCCUAUUACCUGCCUGGAAACUCCUGUUCUACCUGCUCCCAUCAGUCUUAGGGUUACUUAGUCAGGAAGACAUUUUAAGGAGCUGCUUCAGUGGUGAUGACCAGACUAAUUGAGUGCUCUGUUAAUUACUUUUCAAUGUUGAUCUGUCAGGUAUAUGUCAUUUGCUUUCCUGGUUUAUUGUUCCUGGAAUGCAAUUCACUGUAUUCAAGACAUAGUAAAAGAGGAGUUUUAUAAUUUACAGAGAUGCAUAUUUUUGUAAGCUUUUUGUUAGCUUGUUUGUAAGUCAUGUCAUUGCUGUGACUCACUGAAUAUGUUGAUUUGCAUGCAAUAAAUUGCAGACAAAUUGCUAAACCAGUUGCUACCUCGAAGUAUGUGUCCUGCCACCUAUCAGAAGAGCGCUGGUUUUGCAGCAAGAGUGGGUAACUCCCACGUGGAACAGCUCACGUACUGCCAUAAUUUACAGUCAAAUGACAUCUGACUGGCGUAGUGCAAAACAGACCCUCCUCUUCCAUCCGCCCUGAGCCACUUUCUGUGCCCUUGUACCUCCUUCAGUGUUUUGAGGAAUAAGGAUCUGCAUCUUCUUUUCCCUCCGGGCAUGGACUUAGAGCAUGACAUGGCCCAGCCACCAGCUACAAAGGGGCAGGAACAGCAAAAGGGGCUGAGCACAUGAGAACGUCUGUUUGUCUGAGAGGACCGGAUGCCCUUGUGUCACUGAUUGCCCAGCAGAGAAAAGUCUCACCAUAUUACGUGGACAGGAAGGACUGGGAGAACGCUGGCAUCCAGGAUUCUACUAAGGCCGUGAUGCAAGAAGGAUCUUCAGAAGAGCUCCACAGCAGCCAACUGUGUGAGAGCAAAGUAAAUGAACAUGCUGGGCCACUGGUUAACGGAGGCAGAAGGACGGUGGUGACAGGAGGUGGAGGCUACCUGGGAUACCAUCUGGGAUGUGCUCUUGUCAGGUCAGGAAUUGCUGUUGUUCUGUUUGAUGUACAGAAACCUAAAUGGGAAAUUCCAAACGGAGCAGAUUUUUUCAAGGGUGAUGUGAGGGAUUAUGAUGCAGUGUUCAAAGCGUGUGAAGGAGUUGACUGUGUUUUUCAUGCAGCUGCAUGUGGAAUGUCAGGAUUAGAACAAAUUCAAAAGAAAGACCAGAUAGAAUCCAUCAAUGUCGGAGGCACAAAAAUAAUAAUUGAUGUCUGCAAACAAAGAAAUAUCCCUAGACUGAUAUAUACCAGUACAGUGAAUGUGGUAUUUGGAGGAAAUCCUAUUGAAGAGGGAGAUGAAGAAACGGUGCCAUAUUUUCCACUGGAAAAGCAAUUUAAUCAUUAUUCUAGAACAAAGGCAAUUGCAGACCAAAUGGUUCUUGCUGCUAAUGGAACUUUACUCAAAGGAGGUGAGAAGCUCCAUACCUGUGUGCUUCGCCCACCAGGCAUCUAUGGACCAGAAGAGCCGCGCCACCUGCCACGAGUCGCCGUAAAUAUCCAGCGGAGACUAUUUAACUUCAAAUUUGGGAAUCACAAAGUUCAGAUGAACUGGGUUCACAUAGGAAAUCUAGUACAAGCUCACUUACUAGCUGCUGAGGCUCUCACUUCUGAGAAGCGUUAUGUAGCUAGUGGUCAAGCGUAUUACAUCCAUGAUGGUGAAAACGUGGUAUUUUCUGAAUGGAUCGUCCCUUUGUUUGAAAAAUUAGGCUACAGGAAACCCUGGAUACAUAUUCCUGUUCUUCUGGUUCAUAUAGCAGCCACUGUGAUGGAAUAUCUGCACCUGAUACUAAAGCCAGUUUUCAGCUUUACACCUUUCUUGACAAGGAAUGAGGUGUGGAAUGUUACUGUAACUCACACUUUCCGAAUAGACAAAGCACGAAAUCAACUUGGUUACAAACCAAAGAAAUUCUCAUUCGCUGAUUCUGUGGAUCACUAUCUGAAAACAAGACCUACUUGCCAAAAGGAUCACACAUUCCUUAAAAUGGUGGUUGCUUUCAGCAUUUUGCUAAGUUUGAUCAUUCUUUCCUUCUUCUAAAGUCAAAUAACUACCCACCUGUACCAGAAGACCUAAUUUUGUUUCUGAGUAUUAAUGAUCUGGUCAUAGUACAUUCCUCAGCCACUCUGGACUCUAUUCGUACUGUUAUGAUGACAUUUCUCUAUCUCAAAAACACACAACCCCCCCCAAAACAAUCAAAAAAACCUGCCACAAAAGUGAAAACACAGGAUACAUCAGGAAAUGUUCCCAAAGGACAAUGCAGUGUCACAAAAUCAAAGGAGCUUAUCACUAACAUGUGCAGGAAUGGUUUCAAUGGAUCUUCAUUAAUGGAUUGCUUCAUGCUGAGAAUUAUUUUCUAAAAAUGAUAAUUCAGGAGGGAGGGCAAGAAAUUGGAAGAAGAGGAAUCAUUGUAGUAUAACCAGUGCUAUAAAAAGUCCAGCAGCUCCAAGGAAGAAAGGGUUGACUAAAUAAUUCCUCUGAUGACACCACUGCUACAGCUGCUGUGUGUUAGUAUGAGGAAUUAUGAAGCCCUGGGAAACAGUAAAACAAAAUAUGAAAGUAAAUAUAUAUAAAUAACAGGUGGUGAGAAAACUGGAAGUAAUUUUUAUGUAAAAUAGUUUUAAUGUUCAAAAGCUUUGUAAAAAUGUAAUAAAUAACAUUAUGUGUGUUUGUAAGUCAAAUAAUAUCCUUUCAAUACAAUAAUAAAUAAUAUCUGAAGCAAA